AUGCUUUUGGAGAGAAAGCUGAGAAGAGAAAGAAAAGAGUGGAUGGACUCGAUAAAGGCUGAGGAGCGGCGGGUGGAGUCAAAAAAAAGAAAGGAAAUGCUGUACAAGUCGUACGAGAGAGACCUUGUUGUGCCAAAAGAAAUACGAAACGACAUAGAAGACGAAAAGCUAACGGCCGAGGAGGCUCUGCACGACGCAAUAUAUGCGUUUGAGGCGGGGGAAAAGGAGGACGAGUUUUCAAACAAGGAGGCACGGCCCAUCAUCACAACCUCGCGGUCUCCUUCAGACCCUCUUGUGCGGUUUGCCAAGGCGCUCAAACAGAUAGUUCCGAACUCGGAGAAGAUCAACAGAGGAAAACACAUGAUCACGGAGCUGGUGAAAACCGCGACCAAAAACGAGUACACGGAUCUGAUUAUGGUGAAUGAGCACCGAGGAGUUCCGUCUUCUCUGAUUAUUUCGCAUCUUCCGCAUGGGCCAACGACGUAUUUCAGCAUCCACCACCCGAAAAUAGACAUGGAUGACCCGACCAGCACGGCGACCCCUGCCAUUGUGUUUGACAACUUCACCACGCCGCUCGGGCUCAGGGUAAAGAGGAUUCUCUCGUCGCUGUUUCCCCCGCUCCCCCCUAGGGAGAAGCCAAAGAGAAUAGUGAGCUUUGUGAACAGAGAAGACAGCAUACUGUUUACGCAGUACAAAAGCACGUUCAAAAAGGGCGAAGUUGACCUGGAAAAAAUAUCGCCGCAGUUUACGCUUAAGCUGUACGAAAUACGCGCCGGCACCCUGGACAUGUCAUAUGCAGAAAAGGAGUUUGUGUUUAGGCCAUAUCUGAACACUGCCCGAAAAAAGUUCUACCUUGGAGAAGAAACAGAGGACAUGCAGGCCAGCACCACAAAAAAAGUAAAAGAAACGGCUAGAGAGGCGCCGCCAUGCGCUAGCGACCUAGCACAGUAA